CAUUGUUAAAUUAAACUGUAUAAACCUGCAUGCCCAACCACUCGAACUAUCACCAGUACCACUGCAACAUACCAAUAAACCCCAGCUAGCUAGCAAUGGAGGUCGACAGUAGUACUACUUCUUGGGUUGCUGUUUUGGCCAUGGCAAUAAUAUUGCUAGCUGCUCUACUCUUUUCUUUCUCAAAAAAUCCCUCCUUUCGAUCCCACAAGUUAUUAAAACCUCCACCAGGUCCCAAGCCAUGGCCUAUUAUAGGCAAUCUAAACCUUAUUGGCGCACUCCCUCACCAAUCCCUUCACAGGUUAUCACAAGAAUAUGGACCAAUCAUGCAGCUCAAGUUUGGUUCCUUCCCGGUUGUGGUUGCCUCAUCUCCCACAAUGGCAAAGGAGUUUCUGAAAACACAUGAUCACACCUUUGCCUCUAGACCCCAAUCUGCUGCAGGGAAGUACACCACUUACAACCAUACCAACAUCACAUGGGCACCUUAUGGACCAUACUUGCGACAAGGGCGAAAGAUAUUUCAAUCUGAGCUAUUUAGCUCAAAGCGGCUGGAGUCCUUUGAGUACAUACGUGUUGAAGAAAGGUGUGCUCUUGUUUCACGCCUAUGCACAUUUUCUGGGAAGCCAAUCAAGGUGAUAGACCAUCUCUCACACCUCACGCUAAGUGUCAUUAGUAGGAUUACAUUGGGUAAGAAGUAUUUCAAAGAAUCCGAAUCCGGAACUUCGACAGAGUUGACGCUCGAAGAAUUCCAAGAGAUGUUGGAUGAGUUGGUUUUGCUUAAUGGGGUUUUAAACAUUGGAGACUGGAUACCAUGGCUUGAUUUUUUGGACUUGCAGGGAUAUGUGAAACGAAUGAAGGCUGUGACGGAAAAACUCGAUCAAGUUUAUGACCAUGUUCUUGAUGAACACAAGGCAAGGAUGGGAGGAAAAGACUUUGUGCCAAAGGACAUGGUGGAUUUAUUGUUGCAGAUGGAUGAAAAUCCUAAUACUGAUGUUAAGCUCACUUGUGACAACGUCAAGGGGCUCCUGCAGGAUCUCAUAGCAGGAGGCACGGAUACCUCCGCCGCCAUACUGGAAUGGGCAAUGUCUGAACUCUUGAAGCAACCACACCUUAUCAAAAUAGCUAAUGAAGAGCUGGAUAGAAUCGUUGGGAAACAAAAAUGGGUAGAAGAGAAAGAUAUCCCACAACUUCCCUUUAUUGAUGCCAUUAUGAAAGAAACCUUGAGGAAACACCCAGCUGCUGCAUUGCUUGCACCACACUUAGCUCUAGAAGACUGUAAAGUUGCUGGUUACGAUAUUCGUAGAGGAACUAGGGUCUUUAUAAACGUAUGGAGUAUGGGAAGAGACUCCUCAGUAUGGGAUGCACCUAAAGAGUUCCGCCCAGAGAGAUUCUUGGGAAAGGCUAUUGAUGUUAAGGGACAUGACUUUGAGCUAUUGCCAUUUGGAUCGGGGAGGAGGAUGUGCCCAGGGUAUAGCUUGGGACUAAAGAUGAUCAGCUCUACUUUGGCUAACAUGCUGCAUGGAUUUGAAUGGACAUUACCAGACAAUAUGAAGCCAGAAGAUCUGAGCAUGGAAGAGGUUUAUGGUUUGAUAACACAUAGAAAAUUCCCACUUGUUGCAGUCGUGAAACCUCGACUCGAACCUCAUCUUUAUUAGUUGUCACUUUAGUUUUUAUCAUGACUUAUCCACCUUAAAUGGCUUUCAUACAAGCUGCUGGGUUGCAGUACUUGUACGUAGUAGUACUUCAGCUUAAUCCAACUUUUAAUUGCGUUUAUGCAUAAGCUAGGCUGAUAAAUGGUAUGUAAUGUUGGAUAUUUUCUACAAACAUGAUAAAUCUAUCUCGCUACCUAUAA